UUGCAUCUCAUCUCAACAAGUUCUAACUAGUUCAGUUUUUUCUUCUCACAAGUUAAGUCUCCUAUAUGGCUCGUUCACUUCCUUUGGUUUCCACCAUCUUUGUUUUUUUUCUUCUUCUUGUGGCCACUGAGAUGGGGCCAAUUAUGGUGGCAGAAGCAAGGACUUGUGAGACUCCAAGUAACAACUUCAAAGGACUAUGUGUGAGUGACACCAAUUGUGCUUCUGUGUGCCAAACUGAGGGUUUUCCUGGAGGACACUGCGAAGGCUUCCGUCAGAGAUGCUUUUGCACUAAACCUUGUUAAAAAGUUUGAGAAUAUCCCUAUGAGAGAUCAUGGUUUGAUCCCAUUUUGUAAUUGUGUUUAAUUUGCAAUAAUAUGGAGGACUGUUUUAAUAAAUUUUAUUUUCAA